GAGAAGACGUAAAAGAUGGAGCUUCACAUUUUAGAGCACAGCCUGAAAGUGGCGAGUAUAGAGAAGGAAGGCAUCCAGAUUUGCACGCACGGAUUAAUCAAACUCGCCUUCCUGGCCUCCAAAACCAGGUGCAAAUUCUUCAGCCUGACAGAAACGCCAGAGGACUACACCAUCAUCGUGGACGAGGAGGGCUUUAAAGAGCUGCCGGAGUCGGAGCACAUCAGCGUCGCCGAGGCCACGUGGCUGGCGCUCAACGUGGUGUCGGGCGGCGGGAACGCGUCCAACUCGCAGCCCAUUGGCGUCACUAAGAUUGCCAAGUCUGUCAUAGCACCAUUGGCCGAUCACAACAUCUCGGUUUUCAUGCUGUCCACAUAUCAGACCGACUUCAUCCUGGUCCGAGAGCGAGACCUGCCCAUGGUCAUGCACACACUGUCUUCGGAGUUCACGUUACUGCGAGUGGUCAACGGAGAGACUGUGGCCGCCCACCAUUUGGGGGUGACCAAUGGCUUCGUCAAGCCUAAACUCGUGCCACGUCCAAUCAUUCACCCACUCUCAAGCCCGAGCAACAUGUUCUGUGUAACCAGUUUGGAUCCGGACACGCUUCCCUCUGUAGCCACCCUGCUAAUGGACGUCAUGUUCUAUUCUGGAGGGUCGAAAGAAUCUGGUGCCUGUGGGGAGGAUUCCAGCCACAUCCGAUUCUUCUCUUUCUCCCUCAUCGAAGGCUAUAUCUCACUGGUCAUGGACGAACAGACGACGCAAAGGUUCCCAAACAACGUUCUGUUUACCAGCGCUUCUGGCGAGCUAUGGAAAAUGGUUCGAAUCGGUGGACAACCUUUAGGAUUCGAUGAGUGUGGCAUUGUGGCUCAGAUUUCAGAACCUCUGGCAACCGCCGACAUUCCAGCGUACUACAUUAGCACGUUCAAGUUCGACCAUGCCUUGGUUCCAGAGGAAAACAUCCAGAGCGUGAUCGGAGCGCUCAGAACCGAGAGCGCCCUGGCAUAG